UUCCAAAAUCAGCCUAAGGUGGCUCGUGCCUGGAUGCCAGCGCCGUUUCCACCAUCCAGCUUCCCUCCAGAAUUGGAACCCUUGAGCCAGCUCGACAGAUUAUUCAUUCAUCAGCAGCUCGAGCUUGUGGAAGUAAUCACUGGCUUUGAAACCUGCAACAAAUACGAAAUAAAAAACUCAUCGGGGGAAACGCUUUAUUUGGCAUUUGAGGAAAAUGACUCCUGCACGCUCAACUGCUGUGGAGCAUCACGGCCUUUUGUCAUGAAGAUUUUUGACCACACGGGCCAGGAGGUCAUCGAGCUCGUGCGGCCGCUGCGGUGUUCCAGUUGCCUCUGUCCGUGUUGCUUGCAGGAGGUUGCUGUUUACGCACCCCCAGGCCAUGUGGUCGGGUACGUGAAGCAGAUCUGGGACCCCUGCCUGCCCAGGUUUGCGAUCCAGAACGCAGCCAGGAGGGAUGUGCUCAGGAUUGUCGGGCCCUGUUUUGUCUGCAGCUGUGGCGGAGACGUGACAUUUGAGGUGAUGUCAACGGACGAGCUGUACACAGUUGGAAGAGUUUCUAAGUACUGGACUGGCUUUAUCAGGGAAAUCUUUACAGAUUCUGAUGACCUUGGGAUCCAGUUCCCGCUGGACCUUGAUGUUAAAAUGAAAGUGGUCAUGCUUGGGGCAUGCUUCCUCAUAGAUUUCAUGUUUUUUGAACACACUGCUCUAGACUUUACCCCAAAAGUUGGGGUCUGGUAG